AUGAAAACCUCAUCUAACAAGGACUUGCCACCCACCAAGACCAAGAUGAUUCCAGCAUCCGCCAAGGGCACUGCAUCCAGGAGGAACCGAUCAGAAAAUCUAGACUGGACCAAUGCACAGAGGAUGAUUGUUGAGAACUCACUAGUAGUCCUCAACAUUGCAGAUCUUUGUACUAAGCUAUCAAAUUUCUACACAAACGGCUGCAAGACCACAUCUAUGUAUCUACGCAUACCAAUGUCGUCUGCUAUACCUAAUGAGAUCAACAUUUGA